CUAUCACGAAGACGAGGCUUUUUGGCCUAAAUGUGAAUCCUGAUCGAAAGGUAUGCUUGCUAGUGAAGUCCUCCAGAGAACGAAUCGAAGGGCUGAGAACUCAAUAUUGCCAUGAACAACCAAGCUUCUGUAGAAGAGGGUACCAAAAAGAAAUCUAGUUUUUUGCAGCCUGAUAUCCCGGUUAUCCUGACAACGACAGCCAUUGUCGUGGUUGGGCUGGCUGUUCUUCUACCUUUAUGGUGGAAAUAUGACCCAAUUGUGGAGUUUGUAUCCAAAUUUCACUCCCUCGCAGAAGACGCAAAAGAAACUAUAUUUACAAAGAAAGAACUAUCAAGAUUUAGUGCUAGGAAUACCAAGGAAAAGUUAUACCUUGCCAUCCUAGGGAAAGUUUUCGAUGUUAGUGCUGGGAAACAACAUUAUGGGAAGGAGGGCUCUUAUUCGUUUUUCACGGGUAUUGAUGGUACAAAAGCAUUUGUAACUGGGGAUUUUAAUAAGAAUGGCCUUGUUGACAACAUAGAUGGUUUGUCAGAUGAGGAAUGUUUAUCGAUAUCAGACUGGGAGAAGUUUUUUAGCAAUGAGUACACUUAUAUUGGAAAAGUUGUUGGCACUUUUUAUGAUUCAAAUGGUGACGAAACCAGUGUUUUGAAAGAAUUCGAUUCAAAGGUAAAGAAAGGACUUAGAGAAAAAGAGAAAGAUAAGGCAGAUAAAACCAGGUUUCCUGAGUGCAAUUCAAGGUGGACCAAGGAAGAAGGCACAACAGUUUGGUGUACAGAUGAAAGUGGUGGCAUUAAACGAGAUUGGAUUGGAGUACCAAGGAUGUUUUUCAAGCCAGGCCAAACUGACUAUAGAUGUGCUUGUGUUAAUGAAAAGGAUGCUAGGGACACAAGACUGAAGCCUUAUGUCGGAUGUGGCAUUUCUGAGGUAUCAUGUAAAGUUAACUCUUGAAGCACAUUCCUUCAUCGAUUCAGCCAUCGUAGAAGAAACAAAAGGUGACAACAUUGGUUUGAUAGCUGCAAGAAGGCAUCAAUGCUAACUUGUAAUUUCAGUUUUGCUUGAAGGCUUCAACAUAUUCAACUUAUAAUUCAAAAUUUACAUUGUUAUUUCAUUUUAAAUUUUGCAGACUGGCGGAUCUUUUUCAAUUUUUGAUAUUUUAGCUGGUAUUUAAAGAGAACACAGUGAUGUACAAAAUAUUUAGGGGUUUCAUUUAAAGCUCACUGUUUCUUAAUCCCAAUGAUUUAUUUUUCUUUUUUAAAUAUUACAAAAUAAGUAACCAAUAGCGAGCUUUGAUGUGCCCAUACACAUGCAAGUUAAAAGUCAAGUCAAGCCAAGAAAGCGGAGUCAGGCGAGGACGGAUUAAAAUGACAGUGGGAAUAUGCGAUGAAAUGAAGCAAAACGGAUACGGAGCUAACAUAACCCUGUGUAAUCCUCUGAACCUUCAUUUCUCUCUUUGAUCUUUCAUAUAAAAGAUGUUGCAAGAAAAGAGCGUUUUUGCUUAAGUGGCCUUUUUUCUCAUCCAUAUCUCGACAUUAUCGAAUUGCUUCCCUCCCCCGACUCUUAUUAACUUUCGCCAGAGCAUACCGGAGAGCAUAGCAAAAAACUGCAUGUGCGAAGCAUAUCAACAUGUGUGAUAGCGCGUCGAAAUUCAGUCACGCCUGCAAAUCUUCAAGACAGAGAGGUGCAAGUCAGAAUAAUAUAAUAUGUGAUGUCACUGUGAUAUGGGAAAAAGAAAACGUUUUUGUCAAUGUUUUUUUAGUUGAAUUUCUCUUCCUUUAUUUCGUUAUUCAAAUGCUGCAUAAAAUUGAGCUGAAAUUGGUAAAAUCUAGCCUGAUAAACAACCCAUUAUCCUUUAGAAUAAUGGGCUGGUUAUCAGGCUAGGUAAAAUCAAAAUUCCGUCAUUUUUUACAAGGUAUCUUAAAUAGUCGUUUAUAUGCUGUUUUCUCCUGCAACUCUUUAGGACGAUUCGAUUAUAUUAUUUGGGAAAAGAGAGUGACUUUGUUAGAUUGCAAAUUAUCUGCCAUAUAGAAUCAGCUUUAGUGGAGUCUUAUUUUCCAUCACCAUAAAUCUUUUUAACGAAUGGGCUAUAGAGAUGUUGCUAGCUAUUCAAAAGUCCUCUUUUUUAGAACAUUUAGACACCUUUUCAUGUACAAGUCUUUUACUUUGCCUACUUUCGAUUUUCCACCAGAUCGUUGGCUAAUUGCACCCAUCUUUAAAGGAGAACAGCUUUAUGAUUGUGUUAAUUAAAAGCAAACCAUGGUUAUUUACAAAUAGAGUGCUGUAUUUGGUCAGGCUCCGACUAUUUAAACGACCCGUUUUCAUCUUUCAAUUUGAUCGUGUCCACUAGAGUAUUAAACAGUACAAGUGGUUAACAAAUGCAUGGCAGUAGUCAGUUGCUUAUAUUUUAUCAAUCAGCCUCAAAAAGCUCACAACAAUUUUUGUUAUUCGUUUUAUUCCGAUUCUGAAAUAAAGCAGUGCUAAAAAGUUUCGGAGCAAAGCGAUUCUGAAGUAAAGCAGUGCUAAGUAGUUUCGGAGUAAAAUGAUUCUGGAAUAAAGCAGUGCCAAUCUCAAGCUAACUCUUCUUGGUAUUUCUUAGCAGUAAAAAGCCAUGUUGCCGAUGUUAAAUUCGUGUUGGCACUUUUUGACGUGUAAAACGACUUACAAAGGGAUCUUCAUAGCGAUAUGAAAUUGUUAGUUACAGCCAUUAAAAAAGGCUUAGUAACUUGUAAGUUACAUGAUCAACAAUAGUAAUUUCAAUUCUUUUUUGCUAACAUCUUUCAAAAUAUGAAAAAAAAUGGGGCUCCAUUCAACAACGAAUUUACAUGGUAUUAACAUAAGGUUUUUUGUAAGUGAGGAUGUCUAAAAUAGGCCUAAACCUAGCUGCGAGACACGUUUGUUGUCAUGUUCUUGAAUUCUGAUUGGCUCAUGGAGUAUGGAGAAUUUUGGUCGCUCAGCCAAUCAAAGAUUUGGAACCUAUGCUGUAUUAACAUAAGGUUUUUUGUGAGUGAGAAUGUCUAUUGUGCAGUUGUCUUUACAUAAGCUGCAAAAUCAGGUGGACGCUCUGUUACUUGCCUUCUCUAGACUUCUAAAAUGUUGACUUUACCUUCUUAAAAUGUUGAUUUUUCAAUCAUCUAUAGACUGUCGUUUUUUUUCUAAUUUUCAGUCCAUUUAGCUUGACUUCAAUAGUGGUCAACGUCGACGUUUUUCAUGUUGACCAUAAAGAUGUGUAACUAUGAUGUUAACAAGCAAGGAACCUAAGUUCCAAUUUGUUAGGAUUUUCUCAAAUUGUGCUCGGCUCUUUGGCAUUGACUAAAACAGUGUUAUCGGUCUUGGAGAUUACAUAACAUAAUCUAGGUUGUGUAGAGAACAUUUUUGGCCUAAUGAUUCAUCCUCGUGGAGCACCUACAUGAUUGUAUAAGAGGAUUGUAAUACUGUAGAAUGAAAUUCCUGCCGCUAUUCGCAACAGACCAACAAAUCUGCUUUUUGAAGCCAAUGUGAAUACAAUUUGCUCGAUUUUAAAUUGAACUUCAUGGGUCCUUCACCCGUUCCGUCCCUGAUCAAUCGAUCAUAACGAGGUUAAUCAGUUGAUGGUCCUUCCGUGCUCUCUACCCCUUCUUUUGAUUGUUCUAUAAGUUCUUCUUUCGUCUCCUUUUCUCUUAGAUUUUACUUGCUUGUCGUAAUAAUAUUCGUCUUCAAAAUAAGAAAAAAUUCUCAAAUUCACUUGAGUCAACUCUUUGUCGAUAUAAAAUUUUUGUAUUAUAGGCUUUUAAAUAUUGCAUUCUACUGUAACAGGGGUUAUUCUAAGAAAAAUUUACAACACUACAAAUACAAUCACUGGUAUCUUUUUCGCUAAUUUUUUCAACUCUACUGUUGAGAAUAAACCAAAAGAAAUGGUGGUACAGGGGCGUCACUGGGUACGGUACGGUUGCCAGUUACCUGCAGGCGAGGAGCAAACUACUCUUGAAAAUGGUGUACGAGAUUAAUAAUCACUAGUGAUCAUUUUACGAUUAAAUCAAUUUUGUGUGUUAUUAAUUUGGUUUUAGGAGAUAAAAGUGAUUAAUUUUUUAUCAAUUUAGGAUUAUUUAGAAAUUGAAUCAUAGAUCAAAAAUUGCUCUCAAAUAAUUUCAUGUGCAAUAAACGUCGUUUGAACACAUGACGGUAAACCAAUUCAAAAGCCAAGUUAAACAACAAUGUUUCAUAUGUUAAAUGACAAACAAUCAUGCCAGUUUGGCAAUGAUUUUGCAACAUACUAUAUGAAAUUGAAAAAUAAAAUUCCGCACAGGAGAGGACCCAGAGAAAAAUUUGACCGUUGCAGAUUUGCGAAAGAAAAAAGGUAAAAAAUUUAAUAACAUUCAGGGGCGUCGUGACCGGGGGUGUGGGGGUGUCACACCCCGUCCUUCCCCCCAAUAGUAUCUUAAUAGGAAAUUUCAGGUAAAAUCCGCUCUGUGGAAGAAAGGUUUUAGGUAUUUUAGAGACCUUCAUGUCAUAAAAUCAAUAAAGGAUCAAGCAAAGGUAGUUGCUCCGUUGGUUAAAUAUGAUAUUACUUUAUAUGAAUGAAGGUAAACCAACUAAUGAUUUGAAGAUUUGAAGAUUUCUUGUUGGCACUAAAUCGAAAAAUCCAGGCCCUCUUUAGGUAAAAUUGUCUCUUGUGUCCAUUUCCCCUAAAGUUUCUCGGUAGAAGCGUCAACUGCAAUUCACUAUGAACUCCAGAUUUUUUUUAACAUUCAAAAGGCAUGCUAAGAUGGAAAGAGGGAUCUAAAUUGACAACAAGUGCUGCUUGUUACCUAGCUUUAGAAGUAACUGACAACAUGGUACUUUUCAAGACCACGGCGAAAUUGUACCAGUUGUUUUUAUCUGCUGUUCAAUUUGUUUGCAAAAAAAUUAUUUUCAAUAGGAUUAGGAGGAUUGCUUUAGUGAAAUGUGCUUGAAAAAGUGCAUUUUCCAGGAAACUGGAAACAUCAAAAUUCGAAAAUUUCCUGCUCCUUCGGCGGCAACCAUGGUGCCGCCUCGGGUAGU